AAAAUUGUUUUCCCAAGGUAAACACGUAUACUUGGGGGGGGUGAGUUGGUGAAAACCUUUAACAAACUUGGUAAUGAGGCAGUGUUGACCUAUGGACAAACAGAUUAAGAAAUUAAGUGCGCCAUGCAAAACUAGAAAAGCACUCCGAGAGUGCAGACCUCCGCCAAGGGAAAACAUAACCGCCUCCUGGAUCCAGACGGUGAUCCGGAUCACUCCCAAACUUUUUGAGUUAUCUUGCGAACAAACAGAUGAACAGACAAACAAACAAACAAACAAACAGACAAACAAACCCCGAUGAAAACAUAACCUCCUUGGCGGAGGUAAUAACUUUAUAACAGCAUGCACACACACACCCACAAGAACUACUCGAUCACGACUAUUCUAAAUAGGCAGUAGAUGCACAGUUCAAAGUACAGAAUGCACGACACUAAUCGACUACGUGACCACGCGUACAUGGCACUGUUUUAUUGACUGUUGCACGCUAGGGGUCAGUCAAGUGAAGGCUCAGCAAAAACCUGCGUGUAUUGAGCAAGUUUGCCUGAUUAUCGUUUCAUUGGUGUAAGAGACUUUCUCGAGGGGUUUGCCCUAACUGGGCGUGUUGUAAUAUUCGAGAGUGCAGUGGGACCCCUCUCAGUCUGCUUGCCUUCUAGUUGGUGGACACUUCAAUGGGAGGCGACCUUUUACGAGCGCACAUUUUCUACAUGUGCCGGGUGAUGUGACCCACUUCCCACUCACCGGGCAAUGUCUUCACUGACUGGGGCAUACGCGAUUAGGCGGAGCGCACAAUAAGUGGCCAUGGUGAAGCCUCAAUCCCAGAAGCAGGUGGUGGGCUCUGCCCCUGAGGGGGGCUGGGGUUGGGUGGUGGUGGGGGCGCUGUUCGUGGAGUCGGCGCUGGUGUUUGGCAUCAUCCGCAGCCUGGGCGUGUUCUUCGUGGAGUUCGUGCAGCACUUCGACGAGAGUGCCCAGGCCGUCUCCUGGAUCACCUCCAUUGGAGUGGCCAUGCAGCAGCUAUUUAGUCCUCUUGCCACAGCACUGUGUAACAUGUAUGGGACGCGUCCUGUAGUGAUGAUCGGAGGGUUUUUGUCAGGAUUAGGUUUCAUACUGGCCUCGCAAGCUACCUCACUCACACACCUGUACCUUACCAUGGGCCUCAUCUCAGGUGCAGGCUGGGCCUUCGUCUUCACACCCACCGUGGCAGCGGUGAUGCAGUAUUUCACGCGCCGGCGUUCGCUGGCGAUGGCGCUGGGCUUUACAGGCGUGGGCCUCUCGUCUUUCGCCUUCUCUCCACUCUUCCAGCUCCUGGUGGAGGUGUACGCCUGGCGGGGGGCCCUGCUCAUCCUCGGCGGACUCAGCCUCAACAUGGUGGCCUGCGGAGCCCUCAUACGGCCCAUCACUGCCACCAAAGCAGUGGAGAAGACGUUGAAGGGCUCGUCCUGCUCGACACUGCUCACCCGCAUCUCGGUCUACUUCGAGCUCCCGCUGCUCCUGCAGCGGCCCUUCCUCACCUACAGCCUGGCCAUCACCUUUUUCAAUGCCGGCUACUUUGUGCCCUACGUGCACCUGGUGGCCCACAGCCGCCACGCAGGCUUCUCCGAGUACCAGGCGGCGUUCGUCAUCUCGGCCACCGGCGUGACGGACAUCGUGGGCCGCGUGCUCUCUGGCUGGCUCUCGGACCUGGGCCGCCUGCGCCUGAUCCACAUGCUGAGCCUGUGGACGUUGCUGCUGGGCCUGUUCCUGUUGGCGCUGCCACUGGGUACACUGGGCGGAUACCUGGGCCUGCUGGCCGCCAGCCUGGCACAGGGGCUGUGCGCCGGCGCCAUGACGCCGCUGGUGUUCGCCGUGGUGCCCGAGAUCGUGGGCAUGGAGCGCAUGCUGGGCGCGCUUGGGCUGCUGCAGCUCAUUGAGAGCGUCGGCGGGCUGCUGGGCGCCCCAUUGUCAGGCUGGUUGAAGGACACCACCGGCUCCUACUCGGCCUCCUUCGCUGUGGCCGGGUGCUUCCUCCUGCUCGGCUCAGCUGUGACGGCCACCCUCCCCGGCUUCUGCUCCUGUACUUCCCCCAAGUCCCCCGACGACGCCGAGGGGGCUCUCCCAUCAAAAGAGCUUAGCCAGGAGUCCUGUCCAGACAAGCAGAGCCUCACACUCAUCCCGCUCUCUGAAAAACCCAUACUGGCUCCUGACCACUGUGCUGAGACCAGCGAGGACCAAUAGCCGGAGGGCUCAGAGAUCAUGCACCUACUGCGGGUUGGUGGGACAGAGACUGAUUGCAGAUCAGCUGACUGGACCACCAGUGAUAGGGGUAGCUUGUUCUUUCUUUAGGGACGGAGGUAUCAAACAAAUUGGUUAAGGCCACACGUGAGACACUGUAUGUGUGCGUGUGUGUGUGCUUUCAGUUGGUAGGGGCCAGCACCGAACUUGGUCCAGCCUUAAAGGAGAAUUUCCGGUGUGAUAUUGACCUAAAGUGUGUUGAAACAUGAUACCGAGUGUGAACGUA